GACGAAAGCGACACCAGUUUUUUUACAACCUCAUCGAUACUUCUUUUCCGAAGCAUACCUUCCUGCACAAGCAACAAGCUUGACGGCGAUUGGUUCCGUGAAAAUAGAGCAUCAUCAUCAUCUCCUUUAUUUAUCAACUUUCUAACUCAACUCGCCAUGUGGACGCAUGUUGCAGUUUCAGAUUCUGUUUUGAAUCUACAACGGUUCCGAGAAUCUGUUCUUGUGUGGGUUGAAAAGCCACACACUGUCAACAGACGGUUAACCGGAGUUCUGCCUUUGGCUCAGCACCGCUUGGCAGAUUUUGGCGACGAAACUGACUUGUAUUCAUUCGCUAUGAAACUUGAAAGUAUGGACGUACCGGACAUGAAUGCUGUGUUGUCAUCCCACAAGUCGUGUGGUGAUACUGACAUUGAUGUAUUGCGCAGUGUUUGUGGCGACAGUCGACCCGUUCUUGUCGAAAGAUAUCUGCUACCAAAGCAGAUACACAAGUUCAAGCCAGUGCAUGAAGUUGUCCUCAUAACAAGAGACUGCGCAAUGUUCUGCAACUUUUCAAAGGGCUCUACACUGUCACCAAAUUGCACCUACCGAAUUCGUCUUGACCAGGAUAAGAGGAUUCAUCUGGAACUUCUGGGUGUAGGUACCAACACAGACGCUCCUGCAGUCACCUGGCUGAAGGAGCAUGUCCUUCACAAAAUCUACAGGUGGAGCUGCAGUGAGCCUUUAGGGAGCAAGCAAGUGGUCGUGGCUUCUCUGAGGCUUACACCCAUUGAGAAAUAUAGCCGUGUCUACUUCAACUUGAAGAAGAAGUAUGGAGCUCACCUGUGCAAGAUAUGGCCGGAGACCACCGACCCCUCAAAGUUUGUCUACGAGGACAUUGCAAUUGCCAGCUACCUCAUUACAUUAUGGGAACAAGAUUUCAAUGGCUCUGCAAGGCCAUCGUUCAUAGAUGUUGGUUGUGGCAAUGGACUACUUGUAUAUCUUCUCUCGGCUGAAGGAUAUAAUGGAAUGGGGAUUGACAUAAGAAAGCGUAAGAUCUGGGACCUUUAUGGACCUGAUGUUAACCUAGUGGAGGGGGUCAUCACGCCAACAUCACGGUUUUCCGACUACACGUGGUGGAUCGGAAAUCACUCAGACGAGCUGACGCCGUGGAUACCUUAUUUGGCGUCGAGGUCACAUGCUGAUGCAAGGGUAUUCCUACUGCCAUGCUGCCCAUUCACAUUUGACGGGAAGUACCAACGGCAGCAUGGUGGCAUGAGUCAGUAUCAGUCUUACCUCCUCUUUCUACAAGAGCUGUGCCAAACCAUGGGAUUUGAAGUGGAGCUCGACCGGCUGAGGAUUCCUUCCACAAAGCGGAUUGCCUUGAUAUGCAAGCCAGCAUCUGACGAUCAAGUGUCAACAGCUCAGCUUGAGGAUGCUAGACUAAAUUUUGUGAAGGAAAACACAGUCACAAAGCAGGUUCCGGAGAAACUUGAGCUUGGAGGUGCAAGCCGGGGUCACGAGGAAGUGCCUGACUCGGACAGUUUUGCAAGCGUUUUUAAGCCGAGAUCAAAGGUUGAAGAAGUUAGAAACUGCACGCAGCUGGAGAAAGAGUUCACACAAGUAAUAGUGGACAGAAUUGCAAUACAUCUCUUGCAAAUGGAGCCUGUUAACGAUCUGUCAGACACUGAGCCCGUUUGGCAACAAGGGGGCAGAGAACAUAUUGGAAGCCUUGUUCAUCUACUAAAUGACAACGAACUCCAGAAACUAAAAAAGCAGUGCGGUGGAUUGCAGACGCUACUGAAAAACCACAGACAUGUCUUUCUGGUGCACAGUGGGCAUGCGUCCCUCAACAUUCCUACGUCUCAGCCUCAGAGGACAACUCAGAGAAGAAAAGGAAAAGCAUGCAGUACUAGUCAGAAACGAGCAAAAUUGAAGGAGUGCUGGUUUUUCAAGAAACAUCCUCAAGGCUGCCCUCUGACUGACGAAGAAUGCCUGUAUCGUCACGGACGAUAGUCAAAUUAAAAAGAAACAAAACUGGUCUGUAA